CUUACUGCGCAUGUGCCUUCUGUCAGCACCGACUGAAGCGAAGUAUGUUUUGUUGUGGUGGGUAAUUUCCGGUUUUGCGUGUUAAUAUGGUCGAACGCUGACAAGAAACGUAAGUCCUGGCAGAAAUAGUGUAUUUAUUUACUAUAGUGCAUGAACCACGCGUGUAGAGAAAGUAAUAUUAGAAAAACAAUAAUUUCAAGGAAAAUGUGGGUUAAAAUGUCGUCGAAGGCUAAGGACCUCUCGUGCUAAAAAAAAUGCGUCAUGGAAUCCCGAAUUGUUGCCAUGGAGAUAAAAAAUGUCAUUGACAUCUCAUAUAUAUAUCUUUAUGAAUCAUUAUAUAAUCGUCAUUGUCGUUUUUGUAUCAGUUCUGCGCUGUUAUAAGCUAGUUGGUAGCCUAGCAUUCCCACGGUGCCCAACUUCCGGAAAUGGAGGACGGAGUGCGAAAGGCGCUUCAAUGUGGCGCUCUGGUUUGACUCCAUCCGUCUCCUGAUUCCCGUCGCCACUUGCCUUCCUUUCCUCCCUUUGCUCACUGUCAGCUCCGACGGCAGAAUGGCAGCGGCAGCUCCCAACCCGGAUGACUCUACCCGGAGCAGCAGCAGCGGUGGAGGUGGAGGUGGCGGGAGUGGGUGCGGCGUUAGCGGCACUCCGAGCUCUCUAGCUGCGGACGGCGACGCGGAAGAGGCCGAGGACUUCACGUCGUCCUCCCACUGCUCGGAGCUCUCGCGGCGGCAGAACGAGCAGAGGAAGCAGGGCAUGUUCUGCGACGUGACGCUCGCCUUCAGCAGUGGCGCGGCCGCCGGGGCCGUCCAGACGUGCGAAUAUGCGGCCCACAGGUCUGUGCUGGCCGCGGCCACCGACUACUUCACGCCGCUGCUGGGAGGGCAGUUCUGCGAGUCGCUGUCUGGCCGUGUGGAGAUGAAGGAGUGGAGCUCUGAGAUGGGGCUCGACCCGGAGACAGUGGAGAGCGUCAUUCAGUACAUGUACACCGGAGAGAUACGAGUCAGCACCUGCAAUGUGCAUGAGGUUCUGGAGCUGGCGGACAGGUUCCUGCUGGUACAGUUGAAGGAUUUCUGCGGUGAGUUCCUGAAGAAGAAGCUGAGCCUCACAAACUGCGUGGCAGUGCACAGCCUGGCCCACAUGUACACUCUUGACCAGCUCGCUCUGCGUGCUGCCGACAUGAUCCGCCGUAACUUCUACAAGGUGAUCCAGGAUGAGGAGUUCUACACGCUGCCAUACCACCUGGUGCGCAACUGGCUGUCGGACGCCGAGAUCACGGUGGACUCUGAGGAGGUGCUCUUUGAGGCAGUGGUGAAGUGGGUUCAGAAGCACCCGGAGGAGCGCAGCGGCUACUUUGAGGAGCUCUUCCGCCUGCUGAGGCUGCCUCAGAUCAAGCCCACCUACCUGACCAGGGUGGUGAAGAACGAGCGGCUCGUGGCUGCCAACGAGGCAUGCCUGCGCCUGGUGUCAGAGGCGGUGGAGGGCCACGCCAUACGCUUUGAGAACCUCAAGUCGGCCGAUAUGGAGUUCUGGUCAUCCCACAUGGCGUCCUUUCAGCCCCGCUUUGGCCAGAACAUGGACGUCAUCAUGGUGGUGGGGGGGGUGUCCGAGGGAGGGGAUUACCUGAGCGAGUGCGUGGGCUACUUCAUCUACGAGGACCGCUGGGUCAACCUGCCGCACAUCCACAACCACCUGGAUGGCCACGCCAUUGCCGCCACAGAGUCACACGUCUACGUGGCCGGGUCCAUGGAACCGGGCUUCGCCAAAACAGUGGAGCGCUACAACCCAAACCGCAACACCUGGGAGCAGGUGAGCAACCUGACCACGCGCAAGCACUCCUUCGGCCUCACCUGCAUCAAGGACAUCUUGUAUAGCAUCGGCGGCCACGGGAACUUUAGUCCUGGCUUCAAGGACGUCAGUGUCUACGAGCCCGAGCAGGACAAGUGGCACAACCUGGAAUCGGCCCCCAAAAUCCUGCGGGACGUGAAAGCGGUGAGUGUGGAGGAUCGCUAUGUCUACGUCACAGCGCGCACGCCCGUCGACACGGACAAAGACGACGGACUGAAGACGGUGACCACCCGCUACGACACGGACAGCCACCAGUGGCAGGAUGUGGACUCGCUGCCCCUUAUCGACAACUACUGCGUGUUCCAGAUGGCUGUGGCCUCCACCAACUUCUACCACACCGCCUCCUGCUGCCCCAAGAGCUACGGCGUGCGCGAUGAAGUCGCCCGGCAGAAGAUCAGUGCUCGCAUCUCCGACGAGAUCCUGGAGAGCCUGCCGCCGGAGGUGACCAGCAUCGAGGGCGCCGCCAUCUGCCACUUCGACGAGGACGUCUUCAUCAUCGGCGGCUGGAAGAACAGCGACGACGUGGACAAGCAGUACCGCAAGGAGGCGUACCGCUACUGCGCCGAGAGGAAGCGCUGGAUGCUGCUGCCGCCCAUGCCGCAGCCGCGCUGCCGGGCCACCGCCUGCCAUGUGCGCAUCCCCUACCGCUUCCUGUACGGCUGCCAGCGCUACCCCAUGCCACAGAACCUGGCGCGCCAGCGGGACCGCAUGCAGCAGAUGCAGCAGCUGCAUCGGCGCACGCUCACCCUGCGGCGCCAGCUGCAGUCGCAGAUCGAGUGCUGAGUCGCAGCCUCGUCCUCAUCUGUCCACUCGCUGCCAUCUGUGCACACUUUGUGCACUCAUUACACUUGAUUAGGCUUUUUUUUUUCUUACAUCCCACUCUAACAAGGAAGUGACAUUUCUUUGUCGACCAAUCAAUGGGCAGCACCUUACAGUAGCUCAACAAAAGGCUACAGAAAAGUUGGACUGUACAUGUUGGAUAUUCAGGAUUUACAAUUGAAAGGCCAAAGGCUCAGUGGGAAGGAGGCUUUAUACAAGAUUCUGCUUGCUCUCCAAUUCAUCCUGUCUUGAUGCCUGCCUGACUCAACACACACGUUUUUCCUCACACAGUCCUGUUGUCAGCAUGGAAUAAUCUCCUUCAUCACCAGCCUGGACCGCACCAUUCGUACAUGCGUAACACGCUGCAGUCUUUUUGUGGUUCUCACCAAACUGAACGCUGUGCCAUUGUGCUGUGUCGUGGUGUCGGCGACUCUCUAGCAAGCCAUGAAACGUAUGUGUGUUUGUGAGAAUGGAUUUACUGAAUGUAAACAUGAGAAUGAGCGCCAACAAUGAAAUAUUUGUUUGUACAUAAAUAAUACAAAGCUGUUUAUGAUUAUAUAUUUGACAUUCCUAUGUAAUAUGCCUGCUCCAGGAAGUGGGGGGACGUCACUAAUUCCGAUGACGCAGAAUUCCCGACGAGGCUUCAUUCCAUUCGUAAACACUGUGACAAUCUCUUCUUCAUGCAAGCGUGUCAGCUCUUUAGUGCCAUAACCUUCUCGCUUGCUUCUGCACAGCCUACGCUACCAAACGCACGUCGUUCGAUCCUCCUGGUAGACUGGCUUUAGUUAGAUCAGACUCCCACAGUGUACAGUAUUUAUUAUUUUUCUUAAAGAGAUAAGGUUUAUCUUAAAUUUUCCUCUGGUCAUUCCUUUCUUUUUGCACUUUGCCAGUCAAUUACUCGCAUUUAAAAAAUGUGUGCAAGGUCCAACAGUGACAGAGCACUUUUUGUUUAAGUUGCUGCAUUGUUUGUUUCUAAUGUUUCCUGUUUCAAUUAAACACAUUUGGGGCGCAGCUGAGAAAUGCUGUUUUGUUUCCCCCCCGGUGUUACUUGUUCCUCACUCUCAGCUCGCUGGGUGUAUGUUUAUGUUUAGAGAUGCUCAAUGUGUGCUUCCCCUCCAAAGAGACUUGAAAAUAAAGACAUCAUCAGCAACAACAAAUGUGUUCUUUU